AUGUCAUUCUGUUAUCGCUGUGGUAGAGAAGCACGAGCAUUCUCGGGGCAUUGGUCGGAUGAGUUGCAUCCGAGCAGUGACGGACGCUGCCCCAGAUGGAGUAGGAUCGUGAAGCCGCCAUCACCGCCCCGUAGACCUGCGGCACCACCAGCGCAAGCCUCGAGAUCCCGCCAGGCAGGGCAAGCGCCGCGUACGGUGCAGACGCAGGCAUCUAGGCCCGGGCAGACAACGACAGUAGCACAAGCCCCAAGACCACCUCAAGCAGUGCAGACGCCAAGACCAGUCCAGGCGCAGGCACCCAGGGCAACAGCCGCUCGAGCAGCACAACCACCAGCACAAGCCUCGAGAGUCCCUCAGUCGGCACGAGCGCAGAAUCCAGGCCAAGCCCAGGCAUCUGGGACAGCACAGGCCUCUGGGGCAGCAAGAGUACCAACACUGGCCUCAAGGCCUCUCCAGAGACCAGCUCAAACACAAGUUCCUGGGCCAUCACAGGCACAGACGGCGAGAACGACGCCUACGCAGCCUCAGAGCGCACCACGUCCUGCGCAGGUUCAUGGAGCAGCGCAGACGAGAGUCCCUCAACAAGCGCAGGCACAGCAGUCGGGAGCAACAUCUUUGCAGCCUCAAAGGCAACCACAGCAGGCGCCAAACCCUGGAGUAGUACAGCAACAGGCGACUUCCGCGACGCAAGCAUCAGAACCAACAAUUGCGUUGCCCCAAAGACCGUCACAGCCGACACAAGGCUCUGCAGUAGCCGGCGCUGCACAGAGACCAGUCCAGCGGAGUGCUCUACCACGAGAUCAUGGAACCGGCUUGCUGGCUUUGACUGCGCUGGCACGGCGACAAGCUGAGAGCGCGCAGUUGCAAGAAUCGCAACAGCCGCCAAUGCCGAUUCCCGUGCAGCCUCGGGCACCUGCUCACCGAGCCAACCCGGGAGAUGGACCCAAUGCCCAAUCUCAAGCUGGAUCAGUAGCCACGCAGAUCCAAGGAUCGAAACAAGCAUCGACGCCAGGGGCCUCGCAACCGCAAAGACCAGCACAGACGCAGCAGUCCACAGCAUCGCCGCAGCAAAUUCAAAGACCACCACAGCCAGUGCAGAGUCAGAGACCAGCGCAGACUCCGGUAAGUAGAGCAACACCGCCACAGGCUUCCAAUACGGCUGCACCGCAAGCUCAGAGGCCCGCACAAGCACCGGCAGCCAUGCAACCACAAGGACCGACGCAGGCAGUACCAAGCAUUGUUCCAGCACAGUCUGCCCAGGACCAGGCGUCAAGGCCUGUACAGUCUCGAAGCACAGAAGAGGCAGCAUCAAGGGCUGGCUCCGCCCCAGCGAUCUCAACUCAAGCAGCAACACCCGCACAGCCCCAGGGAAUAGAACAGACGACACCAAACUCUCGACCACGGCAGCAAGCCCAGACUCGCUCAGCAAGACGUGCGCAACGUUGGCAAACAGAGCAGACAGUAUCGGGACGUCCAUCGGUACAAACAGCACAGCCUUCUCGCCCAGCAGAGCCACAGACGCAGACUUCAGGAGGAACCCAGACCAACGCCGGAAGGCAAAAUACCAACCAAGCAGCAGAACGCGCGAGAGCCGCACAAUCGAUCAAUGCCAUGCAGAUAGAUCCUGUCGUUGCACAACUUCAGCACUCCCAACUCCGACAACAAACUGCUCAGAUGCAGCAGAUGUUCAAUCGACAUACGCAGCGCCAAGCCGCAAACCAGUCCCGCAACUCAACUCUCCAAGAUGAUGGAUCUGGAUUCGGCUUUGGCACGCCGUCCGUGAAGAGGUCCCAUAAUCCACCUUUAGGGCAACACACGCAAGCGUCUCCUAGCGCUACAGUGCCCGAGUCGUCUUCAGCUCCUCGAAAGCGUCGAAAGAAGCGUUCAUUGAGUAAUAUGAGCAUGCGUGAGCUAGAGAGGCGCUGGCGUAAUGGGGAACUAGAUCCAGAGAAAGAGGCUGAGGGGCAGAGACGAGCGAUGCAGAGCUACCUCAAUGGUGAAGGUGCGUACCGCACUGGAAAGGCUCCCUUGUCUCGUAGCACCGCUGACAAUGUCGCACAGAAAACAAGAAGUGUAUCUUGCAGUAG